AACACUGAAAAAUUUACUAAACAAUUUGUUUACGUUUUUUCACUACUAGAAAAGGCAUAUUGUAGUAAGAAUUUUAAAUUUCAUAGGUUCUUUUAAUAAGUGAGUUAAGCUAUUCAUCGUAAAAAGUUAUUAUGUGUUGGAGGUAAUAGAGAACAGUCGAGUUUAAUAUUAACAUAUUCAUAAACAUGACUGAACCUACUUUAACUAUAAAUCUUGUGUUGGAUAACAAAACCGUUGAAGUUCCCUACACAACCACAACAACUGCCGAAGAUGUUUGUAUAUUUGUCUGCAAGAGUCUCGGUAUUGGACCACUUGCAAGACAUUUGUUUGCUCUCAGGAUAGUAGGUAAACCGAUAUUCCUCACUCCGUCUGCCUUCUUUGGACCAAAAUAUGUGGUGUUCGACUUGAGGAUUCGUUUCAAAGUGUCAAGGCUUCAAGAUUUGAGAAAAUUGGAUACAAGGGCAUACGAUUAUUAUUUCCAUCAGGCACGGAUAGAUUUAUUAAAAAACAAGAUCCCAGAUAUUGUUUUCGAAAAGUGUAAAAAGGAAUUAGUGGGUUUAGGAAUAACCGAUAUGUACAGAGUGAUGUUGGAAAAGGAUAUUCCAAAAGAGAUAGUUGAGAACGAUUAUAGGAAAUACAUUCCAAAGGAAGUUUUGAAACGUCACGCUUUUUUUAUCAAAAAGCCAAUCCGUGAAACUCUGUCAAAGUUGCAGAAAACAAGACAUGAUGCAGGAUUCGUGAAAGAUGAAUACCUCAAUCAACUCAAUAUACUAGCUCCAGAUUAUCUUUCUGAAACUUACAAAGCAGCGACGGAACAAGAUGGCUCAGUUUUAAAUAUAUUGGUCAAGAUUUCACCGCCUAACAGCUGCUUAGAGAGCGAUGGAACUAAUCUUGCGGUCUUAAAAUACUGUAUUGAAAAUAAAAAAGAAAAAUGGCAGCUGAUUGGUACAAUCGAAGACAUGGCGUACGUUUCCAUCAGAAUAGAUGGUACUGUAGAAAUAAGCAGGACUAAUGGGAUACCGUUUUAUUUGAAGUUCAACAGCCUUCCUGUUAUGUGGUCUUUUAUAAGUCAUUUGGAUGGUUAUUAUAGAUUAUCAUGUAAAUGGACCUUCAAUAUUUGUAAAGAUGCUCCUACUCCGUCUCUACAGAAACUGUAUAUGAUGAAGUGCCAUGGACCUGUAGGGGGAGAAUUUUCUUAUGCAAAAUUGGAGGAGAAAAGAUCAAAUAGACCAGGAAGUUUCAUAAUACGAGAGAGCGAAACGAAAUACAAUCAGUAUUUCAUCGACAUCUGCAUAAAAAAUAGCUCAAAACCGAAAACGUUCAAGUUCGAGAAGAUCAACAAGGACGAGUACAUCUUCAACGACGAUUUGACGAGGUACAAAAACAUACAGCAGUUGAUCUUGGCUUACAACAAUCCCAACGGUCCCAUUUUCCUGCAGGAAUGUCUGCCGCCCUCCGAGUAUGAUAAAUCACCUCUUCUAUUGUGCCACAAGGAAAACUUAUCGGGGACUGCGGUAGCUGAUGCCUCAUCGAUAUCAGCCCUCGUGCCCAAGGUUCCUAUUUGCAUUGAUUGCAAUGAUCUACAAGUCUACAAAUUACAAAGGAAACACGGUUCCCAAGGUAUAACCCUAGUCCAUAGGUGCAUGUGGAAGAUCGAAAAAUCCAAAAAAGUCGAAGUCGCCAUGAAACUACUGAAGCAGGAUUGUUCCGAGAAGUACCUGAAGAAUUUCCUCGAUCUGGCCGGAAGUUGGACUUUUCUUCAAUCCAAGAGUAUCGUCAAAAUAUACGGGAUCACGCUGUCGCCAAACGUGUCCAUGGUGAUGGAGUAUUUUAGGCUGGGUCCAUUGAACACUUAUCUCCGCAAGAAUAGGAACAUGCUCAAGACUGAAGAUCUGAUAGAGGCCGCUAGUAAUCUGGCGUCGGCUCUGUGGUAUCUGAGCGAGAGAAGAAUUGUUCACGGCAACAUAAGAUGUCGCAAGUUGAUGGUGCACAGCCACGAUACCAAUGCUUUCAUCGUGAAGUUGAUGGAUCCUGGGAUACAUACCAGUUAUGGACCAAAUGAGGUCCAUUGGAUACCAGUAGAAUGCUAUUCGAAUUUAGAUUACGCAAGGAGGUCCAGCGGUGCCGAUGUCUGGGCAUUCGCGACCACCCUAUUCGAGAUAUUCACCUACGGAGAAGAUAUCAACCUGAUGAGCCCCAUGGAUGCCAAAGAGAUGUACAAAAACGGUAAAAUCCUGCCGAAACCGCCACCGUGUCCCGAUAAUAUUUACCACGUGAUGAAAGAGUGUUGGUUCUUGGAUGCCGACAGGAGGAAACAUCCGCAGGCCAUCAUGCGAGACAUAAACCAGAUUUUGUAUCAAGUGUAUAACUCACGUCGAGUACAUUCCUAUGCGAAACUCUUUGCAAAAUCGAAGGUGAAUGGCACGUCUAGUAUGUCUGGAACUUCUACGAGUAGCCUAGUGUCAAAUUAUACAGAAAGCACCUGCGUGUCUCAGACUGAUGAAAUCUUAAAUUCCGAGGAGGGAGAAUUAUCAGAGACGUCCAGUUAUACACCGAGGUCGUCGGAGUGUGCACUGUUGAGUUCUCAGGAUUUCAUGAAUCACGAAGACACACUGUCCUGCAAUUUUUCAAAUAUAUUAUCUAGUUUCAAUUUUCCUACGUCCGUAUCAUCCCUGGAUAGCAUGAACUCGCUGCAGAGUAUCUUCGAACUGGACGAGUGCUGCAACGUGGUCCUACAGGGUAGAAUAGGACAGGGUUUUUACGGGGAAGUCUACAAGGCAACAUUGGAAUAUUACGAUAAUACAAUUGCAAACAAUCCAAGACAAGUGGCUGUCAAAAAACUCAAAACGUCAGGGAUAUCGUCUUCUCUGCAGGAUUUCGAAAGGGAAAUAAACAUAAUGAAGACGCUGCAACACCCGAACAUCAUAGAGAUCCUUGGGGUGGUUAGAGAUCCGGAAAUCCUUCUGAUCAUGGAAUUUGUACCGCAUGGGUCGCUUCAGAGUUAUCUGAAGAUAUACAAGGAUUCGUUGCAUACCAAGCAGCUGCUCAACUAUGCUCUCGAUAUCACGAAGGGAAUGAAUUACCUUGGACAGAAGAACAUUGUUCAUAGAGAUCUCGCGGCCAGAAAUAUACUGGUGGUGGAUGAAAACCACAUAAAAAUUUCAGAUUUCGGUCUUGCUCAGGCGAUGGGCACCAACGAAUACUACAUCCUGAAAACGAAUAGGGAAUUGCCCAUCAAAUGGUAUGCUCCGGAAAGCCUGAGAGAUGGGAAAUUUUCAGUGCGAUCAGACGUUUGGUCGUUUGGUGUAACGAUGUGCGAAAUGUUCAACUGCGGGGAGGAGCCCAAACUAACCAAUAUUGAUGAGGUAGAUCAGAAAGGACAGGAACAAGAGAUACUGCUGAACGCUUUGGCAACAGGGGCGAGGUUCCCAUGUCCACCGAUGUGUCCGCAGGCCGUCUACAUACGCAUCAUCUAUCCUUGCUGGCACAACGAUCCUCACGAGAGACCGUCCUUUUCGAAAUUGAUAUCCGAGACGGAGGAUCUCUUGACCCAAUACUGAAAUGUACUUACGCUGAUACAUCUUCGGGUCUCGUUAUGAAUUCCAAUUUUUUUGGUGGCUGUGCUGAUUAUGUUCUCAUGACUCUCAUUAUGCGAAAAUCGACCCCAAUUUUAAUUGA